AAAUAUAUAGUAUAUUGUACUACUAUAUAACUCCUCUCUGUAAAACCCAUUUUCCUUUCUCUUUCUCCCCAACGCCCGCAUUCAUUCUUUGCUUGUGCCUUUUAUAUAUCACGAGAUCUCCAUCUCUUCCUUUUUUACAUGUCUUCACAUUGUUGAGUCUUCGUCUCACUUCAUUAUACACUGAGACACUUUGGUUUACUUUGUGUUGUUGGUUGGUUGGUGUGCGCACUAUUAUAUUAUUAUUGCAAUUAUUCAAGGGAAAAAUCGAAGGGGGUUUUCGGAAAUGGCGGAUUCUCGAAAACCCAUUUUGGAAAUAGGGUUAAAUGAUCGUUUCAAGAACUUGGUUAGUUGCGAUGAUGGUAAAAAUGGAGUCGAUGAUGUUAACAAGCCUGAUUUUCGUGAACUCGAUCUGGGUUCACCUGUUUCUCCUUUACGAACUCGAGGUAGUGGAAUCACUGGUGCUGGUGCUGCUACGACUACGACUACGACGACUAGUAGUAGUUCUAGUUCAUCUGGAUCGGCUUCAGGUCGGAACGGUUCAAAUUUGGGUCCGAAAAAAUCCGAUUCAGGUCAUUCCGGUGAGCUUUCCGGUUCUGUAGAGAGCUCACCGAAAGCGCGUGGGUUUAAACCAGGCCACGCGCGGUCUUACUCCGGUGGGGGUAGUUCCGUUAAUUCACCUCCGGUAAACGCGCUUCCGACCGGCAACAUUUGCCCCUCCGGGAAGAUUUUGAAAACCGGGAUGGCAAUGAAGUCGUCGAAAACCGAUGUGUUGGGUUCCGGUACCGGGUAUUACGGCCACGGAAGCAUAAUGCGGGGUGGUGGUGCCGGUGUAAAAUCCGGCAUCAAUGUCUGUGGGGACGCCCCACCGACAGCGAAAAAGGGAGUGUUGAGUGGUAAUGAUGCAGAGGAGUUGAAGAGAUUAGGGAAUGAGAGUUACAAAAAGGGUCAUUUUGUAGAAGCUUUGAAUCUUUAUGAUAAAGCUAUAGCAAUUUGUCCAGGCAAUGCUGCUUAUCAUUGUAAUCGUGCUGCAGCUUUGAUUGGUCUGAAGAGGUUAUUGGAGGCAGUGAAGGAAUGUGAAGAAGCUGUUAGGUUGGAUCCUUCGUAUGUAAGGGCACAUCAUCGAUUGGGAUCAUUGUUACUUAGUUUCGGACAGGUUGAGAAAGCUAGAAGUCACAUUUGCUUCCAAGGGCAUCAACCAGAUCAAGUUGAGUUGCAGAAGUUGCAAGCAGUGGAAAAACAUAUUGGCAAGUGUACUGAUGCACGAAGAGUGGGUGAUUGGACAAGCACAUUAAGAGAAGCCAAUGCAGCCAUUGCUUCUGGAGCAGAUGCGUCUCCUCAGCUAUUUGCAUGUAGAGCGGAAGCUCUUUUGAAGCUACAUCUAGCAGAGGAUGCAGAAUUGAGUCUAUCAACUAGUCGGAAGCAUGAACCAUCUACUGGAUCAUCCCAUUCAAAGAUUUUUGGGAUGCGUUCAGAGGCAUACAUGUUCUUUGUUCAAGCUCAGAUUGACCUGGCUAUGGGAAGGUUUGAAAAUGCAGUCAGUGCUGUCGAGAGAGCUGGACAAAUUGAUCCUCGAAAUAUCGAAGUAUCAGUUUUUCUAAACAAUGUGAGAUUGGUGGGACGGGCUCGUACUCGUGGCAAUGAUCUAUUUAAAUCGGAAAGGUAUACUGAAGCAUGUGCUGCUUAUGGGGAAGGUCUGCGGCGUGAUUCUUCAAAUUCAGUUCUCUACUGCAAUAGAGCAGCUUGCUGGUAUAAACUUGGGCUGUGGGAAAAAUCUGUGGCCGACUGCAAUCAAGCUCUCACUUUCCAACCAAAUUACACUAAAGCCCUUCUUCGGAGAGCUGCCUCAAACGCCAAGCUGGAAAGAUGGGCUGAAGCUGUGAGAGAUUACGAGCUUUUGAGGAAAGAGCUUCCAUAUGACAAUGAGGUUGCUGAAUCGUUAUUCCAUGCUCAAGUAGCAUUGAAGAAAUCACGCGGAGAAGACGUUCACAAUAUGAAAUUUGGUGGGGAAGUGGAAUUGGUUUCUGGUCUCGAACAGUUCCGAGCUGCGAUUUCAUCACCUUGUGCAUCAUUGGUCCAUUUUAAAGCAGCAUCUAACAUACAAUGCAAGCAGAUAUCCCCUUUCUUAGAUACUUUAACCACCAAGUAUCCUUCCAUAAAUUUUCUCAAGGUUGAUGUGGAAGAGAGCCCGGCAAUUGCAAACGCAGAGAAUGUUAGAAAUGUACCAACAUUUAAGAUUUAUAAAAUGGGAAGCCGCGUGAUGGAGAUGAUUUGCCCAAGUCAAGAGGUGUUGGAAUCAUCGGUGAGGCAUUACAGUAUUUAAGUGCAUGAUUACAAUGUCAUCGUGCUUCUUUGCCCUAUUAUCCUCUCGCCAUUCUAGUCACCUGGAAUUCUUGCCAUUACAUGUGCCAAAAUUGAGCUACUACUACAUAAUAAUCUCAUUAAGGAGCCAAUUUAGCCAAAUGCCAGCAGCCUCGCUGAGGGAUUAGUUUAGUCUCCUUUUUUCCCUUUUAAUUUAUUCAUUCAUUCCUCAUAGCUGCCCUUUGUGGUCCGGCCCUUCCCCCAACUCCAUGCAUAGCGGGAGCUUUAGCGUAACGGGCUGCCCUUUUUCACUCCUCAUUGAUGUCUCGGGUCCAACUUCUUUCCAUCUCUACAUUAAUCUCUUCCAUUUUUUUCCUUUUCAAAUUAGUUUGUCCUUCCCUAGCAUAAACUUCUCUUGUGAGCAGAAAUAGUGAACAUUGUAGAAUUGAUUCUUGUGGCCAUUUUAGCUGAACAUUCUGAGAGAAAAACAAGUGGCUGGCUGGCUGGCUUUAUAUGAUGAUCCUAGACAUGUGUAUAUAUAUGGUCAUAUAUACAACACUAUUGGAGGCCAAGGAGUGGGUACUUAUGGGCUAGUGAAGGAAGAAUGUGAUAAUGUUUCUAUGCAACCAUUCUAUCAAUAAAAUUUCUCAUUUUUUUUACCUUUCAAUUUCUUGUAAUAUACAGAUAAGACCUCUCUAUAACAUUCAUUCUCUAUAACAUGGACGGAAUCAAUUUUUUA